GUAGAAUUCGUGGUUGAUGAGUCUGAAGACCAGAUGAGGGAUUUGCAGGACCACGUGGGGCUUCCUCUUGUGUUUUUGAGACUGCUGUCACUCCCAGGCGGACAUGGAGAUGGCAGGCCCAACCCCCACCCCGCAUCAUUUGGCGUGAUCCGUGCUUGGCUCUCAUUUUUGCUCAGAUGGCAAAUCCACAGCCUUCUCCUCCACCUCCACCUUGUUAUAUCUAGGAGAUGAUGAGCCAAAGGGAGAGAGUCCUGAGAGGCUGAAAGGUGGGGUCAGGGCCCGAGAGAAGGAAGCAAAACCUUUAGCAUAUACGGCCAUGAAUGUCAAUUGGAGUCAAUCGUAAAGGAAUAAGGAGAAUGCUCUUUAAAGGAAUUGAUUGCUUUCCACGCAUGUCCUGCGCUUGGGCCAGAGUGGACUGACCGCUCCUGCGGAGGUGUAGCCUCAGCACACAGCCUGCGCUCCCCACCCCCGAAGAUGCAGCCACAGCAGCCCCACUGUGGCCCUCUCCUUCUGGAAGCUUCUCCAGGCUCUGAGGGCUCUUCCUUGUCUGGUCCCUGUGGAUCCCCAUGCUCAAGCCCGUCUCAGGUCCUUGGCCAUGAACCCGGUGCAGAGACCUGAGAUGUUCAUCAUCGGAGCCCAGCCCGUGUGCAGCCAGCUCCCUGGGCUGUCCCCCGGCCAGAGGAAGCUGUGCCAGCUUUACCAGGAGCACAUGGCCUACAUAGGGGAGGGGGCCAGGACGGGCAUCAAGGAAUGUCAGCACCAGUUCCGGCAGCGGCGGUGGAAUUGCAGCACCGUGGGCAAUGCCUCUGUCUUUGGAAGGGUCGUGCAGAUAGGGAGCCGGGAGACGGCCUUCACCUACGCCGUGAGCGCUGCCGGGGUCGUGAACGCCAUCAGCCGCGCCUGCCGCGAGGGCGAGCUGUCCACGUGCGGCUGCAGCCGGGCCGCGCGGCCCAAGGACCUGCCGCGGGACUGGCUGUGGGGCGGCUGCGGGGACAAUGUGGAGUACGGCUACCGCUUCGCCAAGGAGUUUGUGGACGCCCGCGAGCGGGAGAAGAACUUUGCCAAGGGGUCGGAGGAGCAGGGCCGCGUGCUCAUGAACCUGCAGAACAACGAGGCAGGCCGAAGGGCUGUGUAUAAGAUGGCAGACGUAGCCUGCAAAUGCCAUGGCGUUUCGGGGUCCUGCAGCCUCAAGACCUGCUGGCUGCAGCUGGCUGAGUUCCGCAAGGUGGGGGACCAGCUGAAGGAGAAGUAUGACAGCGCAGCCGCCAUGCGCAUCACCCGCAGGGGCAAGUUGGAGCUGGUCAACAGCCGCUUCAACCAGCCCACCCCCGAGGACCUGGUCUACGUGGACCCCAGCCCGGACUACUGCCUGCGCAACGAGAGCACUGGCUCGCUGGGCACGCAGGGCCGCCUGUGCAACAAGACAUCGGAGGGCAUGGAUGGCUGCGCGCUCAUGUGCUGCGGCCGUGGCUAUGACCAGUUCAAGAGCGUGCAGGUGGAGCGCUGCCACUGCAAGUUCCACUGGUGCUGCUUCGUCAGGUGCAAGAAGUGCACGGAAGUUGUGGACCAGUUUGUCUGCAAGUAGCUGGGGCCCCAGUCCUGGCUCCCUCUGCUCCGCCUCACAGAAGUCUAUAUUAUAUAAAUCUAUAUAAAUCUAUUUUAUAUUUGUAUAAAUAAACGGAUGGAUGGUAAAUAAUUAGAAGAAGAAAAUGGAGAGGAAAAGCUUAUUUAAAUGACACUGGAGGUGGUGGAGGAUAGGACUUGGCUGGUUCUCUGCUCCCAGUGGGUGGGCAAAGCGCUUUGUGCCUCCCUCUGGUGGCGACUCUCAAGAUGUAGGGAUGUGGGACUGUCCACUGUCUGCCCUCCAGGGCCUAGAGGGGAGAGGUCAUGGUUGGAUGGAGAACUUGAUUUUGUCUGGAGUCUUUGCCAGGUGGGGCUGCCGUGCCAGCCCAGCCCCCAUGCCAGGCAGCCCUGUGGAAGGUGGCAGGAACACAGCGUCACGCCUGGUGUUCACGUACUUGCCAAAUCCACAGUCACAGGAAAGGGGACAGGCCCUACGCCAUCUCCAACCUGGGGACCACGGAGGGACAGCUCCUCCCCAGAUUCUGGGCCUGUCCUUCCCGUGAGAAUGGCUCUUCCUCUACAGCUCCAGCUUCUGCCCAGGGCUCUGUGCACCAGGAGGGAGAGGUUCUACCUGAUGGGUCGGCAAGAAUGCAGACGAAAUGCUGGUGCCCGAGCUGUGGAGAGCCAGGUGGUGGCCAGCCAGAAGCAUUGCACUGUCACACAGGGAACCGAGACUGACUCUGCUCCCGUGUCUCCCCACAAGGAAGGCUGGGUCAGGCUGAGUCAGGUCUCUGCUCCAGAUGUAGUUUCCCUCUAUCAUUAAACAUCCUCCACGGAA